AUGAAGACGCCCAAGCUUAUUUCGCCAUUGUUGGCCGUCGGGCUGUUCUACUGGCUCGUUGUCCGACGGCGGGAAGCCGCUGGGCUGGUCGAGUAAGUGGGGGUCCCCACUCGAACCUCCGAGUCAGCUUGAAGGCGACCUGCCAGGAGGCUGCGCUGACCUAGGGCAUUGCUCUUGGUUUCCGUUCAUGGCAGUCCUAUACAGCUCGUUGAUCCAGACCCACAUACCGACAAACUGUGUGAUCCUUUCGCCGAGCCGGGUUUCCUCGUGAGUGGCUCGUGAACAAGGCCACCUCGCGAACUCGGAGAGAAGCUGGGUCGAGAUGGGCUAGGCUGGGCAGAGCUUGAUCGAGGUGAAACGAGGUCUUGAGAGUGAAAGAUAGCUGACAUUCGAUAUCCUAUUACGCUACAGCACUACGACGCCGAGAACCCGCUAGGCACGCGCUGGAUCCCCUAUUCAGAAUCGUGCGAACCCGCCCCUGACUGGCUCGGGUUCCUCGCCUAAAAAGACACGACCCGUCUCUCCUUCCUCAAAGACCGAGCGAUCCUCGUCCUCGGUGAUUCGGUCGAUCGGAAUGCUCUACAUCACUUCGCGGAGAUGUUUGGUCUGCCGAGGUAUUGCGUGCCUUAUGAUGAUUUUAGUAAGAAGGGGGUCGUGCCGAUGGGGUGGGACGAUCGGGGUAUCCCUUGGGUUAUUGAGGUGCCUUGGUUGGGGUUGACGCUGACGAAUGGGUUCUUUUAUGGGGUGGUAAGUGUCUCGUGAGGCAAGCCGACUAUGGGGAAGGAAAGAGGUUGACCUUGAAAAGCUUUCUGCCCUCUCUCACCGCUGCUCCGAUGAUUUAGGACGACGAGGACAAUUUCAAGCAGCAGCCGGACUGGCAUGCACCUGGAAAGGCAGAGGAUCGGAUCGACAAACUCUUGAAAGUCCAUACGGCGCAACUACCUCAAGAGCCUUCAUUUAUCUCGCUGCAUUCCGGCCGUGAGUCUUCCGCAGCGUGUGCUUGCGUUUGGGCAGUCCGACAACUGAGUCGGCGUGUUACCUUGUGUGAGCGCAGUAUGGGACCUUGCCUUCUUCGGUCGUCAAGAUCGAGCGUGGCAACAGUCCAGUGAAGCGCCGUUAUCGAAUGAACGAGUUCGGUUCUGGGUUAAGAGGGCGGCGCAAAUCCUUGAGCAUACGUGUAAGACGUGGCCGGGUACACCGGUGUGGUAUCGCAAGUUGCAUCGCGUCGGACCGGUUGGACAAGCUUCUUGUAAGUUUUGGGAGGAAUCUAGUGUCCCCAUCAUGAAAUUGACUUUUCCUCGGGCGUCGAACUUCAGAUGACUUUCGCCAAGACGGCAAAGCCGAGGCCGCUCCCGAAAAGUUUUCCAACUUUUUCACCAACGUUCGAACGCAUCAACUGAGGGAGAUGAUGGACGCCGUUGCCAUCGCGACGGGGGCACCGGUGUUUGACUUUGGAGGACUGUUUGAAGGAUGGCAGAGUCAUCAGACUGGGAUUCAUCCGAACAAGGUGAGCGUUCCGUAGGCUGCUGCUCGUGAAGGAUGAAGAGUUGGGAUCGAGACUGACGAUCCUUCGCAUCCAUGUCGCCUACCCAAGUACCCCGCCGGACCUCUGUACAUCUCGACAUUAAUCCACCAUGUUUAUAUGGAGCAUGUCGGCAGGGAGAAUUGGAGGCUGUCGCACCAGAGGGAUCUGUUCCCCGUCACUGGGUUCAACAAGUCUGCUCCGGUCUCCGCUCGAGGCGUUUGCCCUCGCAAUAUUUGUUCGGAGGAGCUGACAUCGUAG